UUGCCGGUUAUUCUCGCAGUCCCACAUGGGCUUAGUAUGGUGGAGGACCUGGUACGGAUGUUAGGCGCUAGAACCGCAAAAUUACAGGAUAUUUAGUCUAUGGCACAGAGCGGUGUUGAGAGGAACGAUUUUAGGAACGCAUCUCGAAUCUUGUGCAAGAACCGACCAAUUGGCAGCAACGAAAGGGGGAGGGGCACCAAAGCUUCAGUAGCCGCCAUGUUUUUCUGUGAGUGGGGUGUGUAGAAGAGGCCGGGGUGAAAAUCAUCUCUCGAGGCAUGCAGCGUCAAAAUGGGAAGGAAACUAAACUUGUUAUCCUUCGCUAAGACCUGCCAGCCUCAUUACUACAAAAUAUCCACCACCUGUGCACAAGAACCAAAUAAUUUUUAAUCGACGUAACCAAAAUUUCAAGGAAUACUACCACUAAUUGUGGGCUAUGUAAUUAAACUCAAGAAAUUACAAGUAACCAAGAGGAAGAAAAUAAUAUAACAUUUAUCAAGUAAAUAAAUGUCAAGGUGGUGGAUUCCGUAAAAUUGAAACAUUAAAGGACAAUAAUAUAAUACAGUAACUCUAUUAUAUAAAUAGGAGAGAAGAUGAUCACCCUGGAGGUAGUAGAGUCUGUGAAAGUUUUUGGGUCUAGGAGGAACUUUAAUAAGAGGAAAUGAGGAACCCGGCACUGCAUCUGGUCGGGAUAGCGGCGUCCCCUGGAGGAGGUGAAGUGUUCGGCACAAGGGCCGAGGAGGAGUUGCGUCAGUGGCUAGAGACGCGCCUGGACGAAUUGGGAAUAGACCCAAUUGCGUACUCGCGGUUUGUGCUCAGCCUGCUGCGCCGCCCCGACUCGGCCCUAAGUCCUCCAGAAGAAGCUGUGGGUACAGGGAGGAACGGAGGACGUCGCAUACGUGCCCGACCCAAAGCCAAGCUGCCAACGCAGGGAGACAGAGAACAGAGACGUGCUGUUGUGCAAUGUCUAACAAGUGCUGCCGAUAAUAAAUGUGGAGUUGAAACACUGGUCGAUGAAUUAUGUAUGAAACUACGAGAUUUGGAAGGUGGCGGCUCAAGCGAGAAAGAGGACGAAUCCAAGAAAUCUGAUGACGAAAACAAGACAAGCUUAGAGUCGCUAACACCUCGCGAUAGGGCUCUUAGAUACUAUGCAGCAUUUCCUGCUUUGCAACCGGCAACUCUAAAGAAAGUCUCUCAGAGAAAGGAGAGAAAUUUAGGAAACAACAACAACAACAACAAUAUUACCACAAACAACAACAACAACAGUAACAAUAAAAUCAACGGAGUUAGCUAUAAUAAUAACAAGAACAAUAAUAAAUCUCGCAAUAAGAAAACUAAAAUGUCCAUUAGUAUCGAGUCACGGAGAUCAGAGGAAAAAGAUAGCUUCGGAUUUGUCAAAUCAAUGGAGCGCGAACGUGAAAAAGAGCGAGAAUUAGAGCUGGAUCAAUUGAGAUUGGCACAGUUGCAAGCGAAGUUUAACGAGAGCUUGGAAGCACUAUGGGAUUCAGGACCAGGCAAUGCACAAGACACGGCUUCUAUAUGGGCGGCUCCCACUCUCUCUAUUCCUUCAGGACCUCUUUGGCCGACAGACACUACCGAGACAAUCUUUACUUUAUCCACCUCGGACAAUGGUUACGCUACUGACACACCGUACCAGGAAUCAAUUGUUGACGACUCGCCGCUCAUUCCAUGGGACAUCGAUUUGAUCAGCAUCGAGGAUUACGCGGACGAAUGUAGUAACAAGAAUAAAUCAGAGAGUAACGUAAACUGGUCCGACUCAGCUAUGGAUGGGUCUUGGUACUGGAAAGGGCUCGGCAGCAAUUUGACUGCCCUAGGCCGCAGUCCUCAGACAGGUAGCUGCUUCUUUCCAGUCGCACCCCGUAAAACACCCAUAGGAACACGCAAAGAAUCUCGUUCAAAUCUGAAGGUGAACAACAGCCUGCCAGAGCCGGACGAGGACUUGCUCACUUCCGCUCGCACACACUUUCGUCCGAUAAAGGAUGACGGUCAGUGGGCCGAUGGGACUACGUUUCCUGUAAACAAUACCCUAGAGCGAGUCGCGUACCGCCGUUCCGAUUCAGGAAACUUGUUGUACCUUCCCGGCGGUGAGAGCCCGUACAUGGAGUACCGAGAGGGCGACUCGCCGAUUCCUCCGGUAUCGUCGAAUCUAACGUUGAAAUUCAGGGUGCGUCAGUGUGACAAGUGCGUUCAAACCGAGCCCAUUCGAUCUCCGGUCAAACGCAGAAUUCUCUCCGAACAGGAUCAUUUCCAUUAUACUCCGGUCGGAGUGGAAGAUACUGUUAUUCGCGAAGAGGAGAAAGUCGAGAAAGAUUGCUAUGCAUUGGGUCAACUGGGCUGGGUACGAUCUAACGUACCUCUGCACAAUGAUAGGAAAAGAAGGCACAGUAGCAGCUUCGGAUGCCAGCCUCUGACGACUUUGCGUCCGUUGACCUUAUGAGCCGGAUAGAUAACGAGCUGCUUAAUAUAAAAACGAAAGAACUAAUAACACACACACACUCACGUACUAAUGACACGAGCUAAAAAAAAAGAAAGAUCGUAAACAGAGUACAGCGAACAAACGAGAAUAAUAACGUUGAAAGAAUAUAACUGAAACGACGACUGGAAAUAUCCGAGGUUUAGCUAUGUACAUGUUUUUUUUCCCCGAAAAAAAAAGAUGGCGAAGAGAGACGGACAAACCGUUUAGAACGUGAACACGACACAGAGGGGGGGGCCUCUUGGCAUGUGGAAUUUGUUAUGCAUGUAUCCAAGACGGCGCUAUUAAUAAUAAAUAAAAUAAUAAAUAAUAAAUAAUAGUAAUAAUAAAUAAAUAAACGACAAAAAAAAAUAAAGAAGUAUCCCCCGGUUGUCGUCGAGCGAAACAAGCGAGUGGAAAGAAUACGAAAAAAAAACAUAAAUAAAUAAACGAGAUAGCGAGACGAGAGGAAAAGAGGGAAAUAUUAAACGUUCAUUUAGAUAAUUAUCAUUAACACUUUGACAAGUAAAGGAAAAAAAAAUGAAAUGGAACAAAGUAUAAAAAAAAACGUACAGUGUAUAUGUUACGCCAGUGUUUAAACAAAAAAUUAAAAAAAAUCACACGAAUGGAGCGAGUGCGCGAGCGCGUGUGUGCCGCACGCCCGCCGACGAAAGAGAAAAUUCAAAACGAAAAAAAAAGGUGAAUUGUAUCGAGAGAACGUAGUCCACAAGAUUUCGUUUUUUUUGUAGCUUGUUGAAUACUUUUACGUGAACUUUCGAGGGGGAGCGAGUGAACGCGCGAGAGAAAAACUGAGAGCUAGAGAGCAUGAGUGAAAGGGAGCGAGUGAGAGAGAGAGAGAGAGAGAAAGAAAGAAAGAGAGAGAAAACGGCGAAAGAAAAAGAGACAAACGCAAAAAAAAUUAGUGCGCUGAUUUUUCUGAUAGAAAUGUGUAGUAGAGAGAAAACGAGCAGAGAGUUUUCCUUUUUUCUGUUUCUCAUCCGACGCGCGCAGACGCUCCGUGCGAGUCUCAUUGGACGCGUUGCAAAUUUCUAAUGGAACAAGAAACGAGAGGAGAACGCGGAGAGGGAGGAAACGUCGGUAGCUAAGGAAAAAAAAAGAAAGAAAAAACAAAAACUCCUCUCGGGAAAAUGAAACUAACGGAGAGCGAGCGAGAGCAGAUUCGAGGACACAGAGUAUGUACUUACGAGAGAACGGAGAACGGAUGAAGCAGAGAAAAGUAGAAACUAAUUUAAAAACGACGAUAAAGUGCCGCACGAUAAUUGAACCGUAAAAAAAAAAGAAGCGAUCGUCGAAGUACUGUUCUAUUUUCUUGUUGUUUUUUUUUCGUAAUUAUUAAUGGAUUAUCUUAAUCGUAUCUUCCCCCUAAUUAUAAUUUAACUCUCCCUAGAAGAUUUAACGCCCUAACCAUCCCCCCCAUUUCCACCCCCUUGUCCAUCGGAAUCCCGUGUUUCGAAGGAAAUCAACGGUCCCCAGUAAUCCAAUGCUUUUCCUGUGCUCCCUCAGAGGAAAUAUAUCGGAUAACUGAAAGAGAGAAUGAGAUUGCGAGCGAGCGAGAGAGAGAGAGAGAAAGAGAGCGAGCGAGAGAACGAGGGAGAAAGAGAAACGUACACGUGAAGAAAAAGGAAAAACGGAAUUAUAACGAAAAAAACAUAAAAUUAAAAGAACAAAAACUAAAUAAAUAAAAAAGGGAGAGUGAGGGGGGAAACGUGUAGUCCGGAGAGGGGGAGAGAGAGAGAGAGAGAAUGAGAAAGUGGCGCACGCCCUCGCCUCGGGAUGGGGGCGUGAACGAGGAACGUUAUUAGAGAACGAAAAAUGCCUUUCAAACGAGAAAUAAAAAGAACCAGGAUGAAUAUGUAUGCUAAGGCGUGUUGCGAGGAUGUUGACGACGGAGUCACGUUUCAAACAGGGGUCGUUCACGGAAACGACGAACGGACCGUGUCCAACAAAGCGACGGAACGAAAGCCAGAGGAUAGAAAGAACAAAUCGGAGUAUGUGUUCUCUGCGCGAAAUCAUGUACGCGAAGGGAGUAACCAAAUAAAGGCAUUGCAAACGCUGA